CAUGCGCAAAAAGGACAAGAAUUUGGCGGAUCGUGAAUAGUUAAAGUAGGGCUACGCCCCGCUUUUCUCAUAGCCCAGGUGCAGUGAAACGAGACAGUGUAGUUUGUAGACCACAGAGUAGCGCCACAGGUUUUGCUAGCUAAAACGCACAGCACACGGAUUCGAACUCCGCGUAUUGCAGCGCCGCGACGAGUGUGGGCACAGAGAUUAGAUUAGGGUAAAGAUGCCGGUGAACGGGCCCUCCAAAGUCGAGUCCAAGUGCCUGUCAAUGUGCGGACGAGUGGAUCCGUUCACGACUCUUGGGAGCGGUCGGAGAGAGCUGAAGGUUCCUCCGAACUUCUGGCAUGAACUAGCUACCGACCAUGAAGCAGUCAGCAACUUCAUAGUUUGUCUGGUGACACGGCUCAUCUCCCUGGACAGUGCUCAUGGGUUGGAUCUUCUGGUCAGUGUAUACAGGGAUCUGGUGGAGUUGCCCAUGGACCAGAGCAAGUACAGAUCCUGGGCCAGCAAGUCUCUUCCAGAGAACCUACGACCUGCUGCACUGGAGCUCCAGCAUGCAAUAGUGACGACCAUCUAUUUCCUGACUGAGUUCUACUCGUAUCGGCCCACUAUACACCUCAGGCAUAUGUACCUUCGUUGGAACCUUGCUCGCAACAAAGGCAGUGGAGAUGUUUCCAUCAAACUGGCAGAUUCUUUCGAGGAAAAGGUCCUCUCUCCGUUCUCGGUGGCACAGUCGAAGGACGCGAUAGUCCACUCGCCCCAGACCCAACUCUCGAUCCAGGGGGAGGCGGCAGAGUCGAAGAUCCUCACUCGACUGGUGGACCUGUGCUGUCAGAACCACCGCAGAGCCCAUUUUGGAGUCCUCCCGCCAGAAGUCAGCAAACUAUGCAUCUAUUCUUCAGUGAGUGAAGCGCUGUCGUACAUCGGUCUCCAAGACCUAACGACCAGGAGCCACCUCACCGGAGGUCCGGUCGUCCGCCACGUCACUCUGUGUCUAGGGAACAUGGCGGUCCACGGGCAGACUAGCUCCGAGCAGGGAGACCACGAGGGCCUCCUCCCACUCCUCCAGCUACUGCGAGACCUUGUCACCAUGCAAUUCCCUGUGGAGAGAGGCGAGGCGUACAUGGCAGUAAUGCCGUUCUACAUGUGGCCAGUGUCCCACGCAGAAUGCAGUCGGCGGCUACUGAGUCUCUUGGCCACGGAGGGCAAGGUAUCCGGGACGAGUUUCAGGAGGAAACUACUGGUGGAGAGUAGCCUUGGUCUGCAGCUGAAGAACACCGAGAUCCGAGGUCAGCUGGUCCACAUGCUAGUGGACAUAUCUACCCCUGCCAGCCACGGUGCUCAGUUCUCUGGUGUAUUCACCGACAGACACGACCUUCCGACCUCCGAGGCACUUCAUCGCAUGAUCAUUAGGAGUUGUUUCAAGUCUGUGUUUCCAACUCACGAGAUGUUGGAACUGGAGACACGUCUUCAGCGUCUGUCUCCGAAGGCUCUGGUGGGUGUGUGUUGUGAGUGUGUGGAGGUGAUGGAGGGAGGAGUGACGAGGGAAGAUGGGGAGUUCAGUGACGGCAUGCCGGAAGACAUUGUGUCAGAGAUGAACAAAAUUCACCAGAGAAUCAUACAUGAAACUGAUCAACGGGACAGUGCACUGAGCUGUGGAGGUAGUGAGAGCGGAGGUCGCGACCUCUCAGAGGAAACACUCGGAAUCUUCCCUCUCCCUUCCCCAGACAUUCCCACCCACACUCUGGACCCCUGCAAGUACCCUCAGGUCCAGGCAAAGUUGAGAGAGGUUCUGGUGCAGUGUCAGAAGCAGGUGUCUCCAGUGGUGACAAGUAAGAGAGCGUUCUCUCAGACUAGCAUGGACAGCACGGGCAGCAGCUACCUCGUGGAGGGCGAUACCUCCAGAACACCACUCAUUAACCGUCUCACGGGAGGGAAGGAAGCUUCGGAGGCUGGGGGACUCGACACUCUGGUGGUUCAGAGUAACGGUCACUGCAAGGAGGAGGAGGAGGAGGAAGAAGACGUGGAGUCAUGUGAUAAUCAUGUGGCUAGUCCGGACUCGGGUCAUGUGAUGUCACCUGAUCCCGUGACCUCGUUUUCCCCACCGCCGAUGUUGAGCGAAGAAGAGACACAUGUCAAGAAACGACGGUCGCUUUCAACCGAGAUUGCUCCGUCGCCGUUCCAUUCCCAGGACCAGAACGGGGACACGACUACCAGGAGCCAAAACUCAUCGGACGAGGUUUUCAAUCAGACCCCCAACAGCCAUGGGUCUUCCUCGUCGGACCAAUCGCCCCAGAUGAGGGGGAGGGGGAAAUUAAUCCGGAGGAAGACGGUCCCGGCAAAACUCCACCCACCAUCCUCCAGCCCUCGUAACCGUGGUACCCGUACCUCAAUCAUCAGCCACGCCCCCUCGUAUGGGACCUCACGGAAGGGGUACCAUAACAUCGCAGGUACACCGACAGUCCCUUCUUCGGCCAUCCCUCUCGGGAGUCGAAUUCUCUCCACACGGACAGGGAGCAUGUCUCUACCGAAGAAAAAAAAUAAAGUUGCACUUGGUGGAGCUGGCUCCCCGAUCCACGACAACUCACCAAAAUACAGAGUAUUGAAAAUCAUUCUCGCCGGUAGCGACCAGCUAGUCUGCCACACUGCAAAGGCCUAUGCUUACUUCUUGGCAGAGGAGCCUAAUCUACUGACGGGGCUGGAUGUGAGGUUCUAUCACGUACCUCUCUCAACGGCAUCGACUGCCGACUGGCUGGUUCCGGAACGUUCCGCAAUCGCCGGUAGAGACUCGCCCGAAGCAGUUGUCGGAGAGCCUGCAAACACUUGUGGUUGCGACGUGAAUAUCGGCCGAUACAUGUCCCACCUGGACAGCUGGUAUGAGAGGAAUGUAGCACUGGCCGUCCACCAUUCCUUGAGACUCCUCCCACCAAUUAUGGAUCGGAAUCUCUCUCCUCCUCCUCCUCUGCCUCUCUCGAGUGACGCUCACCACAUCAGACCUCCACUCACUCCUUCUAAGAUUCUGAUUGAUUCAGUGGCUCACUAUCUGAGGGAGGCUAACCACUGCAUUAGAGCCAAGCUAUACAAAAUAAAGAUGAUUCUGAAGACAGAGAAACAGCACAAGAUGGACAACAGAGAGAUGUACAUGCUCCACAGACUGGACGUCCAGAGACUGACCGGCAAGAAGAGUCACCGGCAGGCCAAGCCAUUUGAGGCCAAUCUCCAGCUAACUGAGGUGAGCCAGGAGCUUUGUGCUUGUUUCUGCUAAAUUUUACAUCGCAUACAAGACUGAUCGAAUCACUCUGGCUUUCUUAGUUCAUUUUCCAUAUGGGAGCAUGUCAUAAAUGGAAGAGUUUAAUUGCAGAUGCUAGAUGCUACAUGUGAGAAGCACAGCUAUGCUUUAUUAAUUAACCUCUUGACCCCUUCACGGCUUGAGAAUUUUGUCUGUUGUUGUAGCUGUCACUGGACGGUAGCUACAUCAGAUCUGACGUGACUCCAUUGAAAGAGGUGGUGUCUGUUAGAGCGUCCAACAUUCCCUCCUAUUCAGACCCAACUGUCGCCAACCCAGAGUCAGAGUGCUUCGAACUGUCGGUGGUGACGGCACACUCAGAAGGCAACAGGUUUAUAAAAUCUCGACUGACAGAGCAGACCAACUACCACACUAACCACCUAACUCUGGAGACAAAGAAGGAGCCACUCACUGUCAUGGUGGACGGAGAUUCCAACGGUCUCAUUGAUAACGUCAUCAGAUUGGAGAUAAUGCCGGCCUAUCUCGGAGGCCCAGCCCCUCCCAUGAGCGGAACUGCUGGCGAGAACAGAACUAACAAACAACUCUUUCUCCCUCUCAUGACUUUCUGGCCAAUCGACCUUUAACCUCCAUAAAUGGUCUCCCCGUCAAAACAUAUCGUCUCUAUUCCGUUUCUAUUCCAUGUUCAUUGACUGGUUUUAUUGAAAGUGUGAAAUAAACAGUUUAUCAGGAAAAAACAACAAAACAUCACAGUUAGUAUAAUAAAUCAAGUGUUUGUGCAAUUAUUUUUUACAAAACGUGCUGAAAUGAACAAAGGUGAAUU